AUGGUGUAUGGGGAAUUUGUGGAGAAGGAAUAUCCCAAUUGGAGUAGUAUUUGCUUGGAGAAUGGAUCUUUCUUAUUGAACUUUACAGGCAGUGCAGUAUGCAAGAAGCGUGAUUUUAUGCUGAUCACAAGCAAAUCCUUGAAAGAGGAACAUGGAGAAGAAAUAGUUACCUAUGAUCAUUUGUGUAAGAACUGUCAUCAUGUAGUAGCCAGGCAUGAGUACACAUUCAGCAUCAUGGAUGAAUUUCUGGAGUAUACCAUGCUGUGCCUGUUAUGUGGCAAAGCCAAAAGUACUAUCGGUAUUCUCCCUGAUGACCCCCAGCAGAUGACUCUGUUAUUCUAA